ACGUUUGGGGAUGAAGUGCGUUUAUGGCAGCGGCUACGCCAUCCCAAUGUGAUCAAGAUGUAUGGCGCUUGUGUAGCUGCUCCGAAUCUACAGUUCUUCGUUUGCGAGUACGCCAGCCACGGCUCACUGCUGGAGUACGUGACAUCCCCCGGAGUGGACAAGCGAACGAUGUGGAAGUAUCUUUAUGAGGUGGCGCUAGGUCUUGAGUAUCUUCACGAGCGCGGGAUUGUUCACGGCGACCUUCGAUGCUGCAACGUACUAAUCGCCAGCGACGGCAAGGCCAAACUGUCGAAUUUCGGUUUGAGUGCCUCGACGAGCAGAUCCAGUGAGGUUUCCGCGGGUGCUGUUGGGCCGUUGCGCUGGCAGGCCCCUGAAGUACUGGAGGGGAGGACGCCCUCGUUUGAGUCGGAUGUCUACUCGUUGGGCAUGUGCGUUUUGGAAGCUACAACUGGGAAGGAGCCAUGGAGCCAGCAUAACGAUUCUAUGGUCAAA